UGAUUUCCAAGAAACGAGUUUGCUAUUCCCAAGGCUCAUUUAAAUGCAAUUUCACGAAGAACGUCCUACCAUUCAGUGGCUGUUUGUCUCUUCGAGUUGACUAGCGCGAAAUAACGAGAUGCAGCCGUGGAUUAAAUCGAUGGAGUGCCCAAACUGUGGAAGUACAGACUUGCUUCCUAGAUUCAAAUGCUGCCCGGAAUGUGGUUACCGUCUGGCAAACGGUCAAAUUAUUCCCCCAAAAGAGCAAAAGAUCGCACCACGUGUUACGAGCGAGCAACCGAGAGGCGAUGGAACAGCGGAAAAACAGGAUACUGGUGCAGGUUUUGGUCAGAAUGAGCAGCUUUCAUCUAAAGAUAGAGAAGUAGAUGAAACUUUGUCAAGUCAACAAACUCAACCAGGACAGCCAGGCGGUAAUGGUGGUUUUCCCAUGGUUCAUAGGCCAAUUGAGAGGAAUACUGGACCACUGGAAAGCCAGCGUCAUUCAGCGAGCACCCCACCAACACCCCUAGUAACAGGGGCCUCAUCUUCAAUGGGAGACAGUGGUCUGCCGUAUCAGGUUGGCGCCUCAGCCCCUCUUGGGGGAGAAGAGUUAAGUUCACCGGAUAAACCAAGGGAUACACAGCUACCAGCGUUAAAACAAGAGAGGCGGCCUAGUUUUGACAACAAAGUGGGAUUGAACGAAGGUUCUUCAAGUGGAGAUAAAACCCAAACAGCCAUGAAAGGUGAAACCUCUAGUGGUGAAAGCGUGAGGGACUCAGCAGAUCUUGAAAAUGGUGAAUUAGAUACUUCUCAGACAGGAAGUGAUGAUGGAGCCAGUAUUGCAGAGAAAGAAGUCACGCAGUCAAAGAAAUCAUUUGAACGAGCUCCAGACACUUCCUCGAAUCAGCAACAGAAGGGUAAAGGCAGGGGAACAAAAAAGAAGGCUGAUCCAGUGAAAAGUGGAAAAGACCAUCACCCUCAGCCAUCUGGGCAAUCUGUUUCAAGCUGGAAUGUCAAUAAAAAUUCUCAAAAUCCCGCGUCGCUUUCCCCUAAUGAAUCAACUACUCAGAAAGUUGCGAAGGACAAAUCUGCUUCGGAACAGGGAAAGAAAGGCUCGAAGAUAUCAAGAAAAACGAUUCAGCUAUCCAAGAGUGGAGGUGGAAAAAUGGACGACGAAAAAGUUGAAAGCACUGCUCUGGUUCAAUCAUCCGCCAAGGGGAAAGAACUUGUCGUAAAACAUCCUCUAAGUGACAAAAGGAACAAUGAUGAUUCUAGAGAAAGUGCAGAGACUACUGGAACAAGGAGUGGACAUUGGUAUCAAAAGGGUAAAAGUCAAACGCAAACAGAUAGUGACCUAACCCAACGAAGUGGUAAAGGAAAGAACAAAGGAGGAAAUAUCGACACAACUAGUAACCCACCCUCUACGUCAGCCACGCCAACUUGCUUGAAGCAAGUAGAACCUGAAUUAGGGGUUACUGUAGUGUUCCAUGUUUUGCUAGUGUCUAACAUAAAAAUGGAAGAGGAAUGCUUGCAUAUACGGGCCAAUGGAGAUGACCUAGGAAACUUUGACAUAAACUGCGUUGACCUAGAAUGUGUAGGGAAUGCCGAACGGAGAGACAAAAAGAAGCUUAAACGUUUCAAGGGUCAAUUUGCUCUUAGUAUCAAUCUUGCCAAGAAAGGAACCUUUUACAAAUACGCAGUGGUUAAGAAAGGAGAUGUUCACUAUGAAUAUCUGACUGAGUUUGAACCAAGAUAUCGUGGAGCAAUUGUCAAUCGCUUUCUUCGCAUUCCGGAAAAGUAUCUUAAGCCGGGAGAGGUAUGGCAGCAAUAUGAUGGAGUGUGCUACAUUAACGGUGAGAGGAGCUGGUGGGAACGAGUUUACGAUUGUAUACGUAAUGAAACGGUGGGAAAUCGCACAGCAGCCGUGCUUACUUACUUGCCAAAGUGGAAAGGUUUUCUUGUCGGUGGCGCUGGACAGGAAAUGAAAGCAACAGAGGUGUUUGUGGAGCUACAGAAAGUUGUUGACGGUCUGACCAACUCUUGGGUUAAGGAGAGCGACUCACCGCCUGAAAAGAAGCAGCCAGCAAACUUCGAUAUUAAGAAGGUUUUCAUGGACCUCUUGGAACCUAAAUUCAAGGAAAACGCUGAUAUACUGUCCCAGAGUGGAGUGCGUUUGGAAACCAAAGCUUCAGCGUUGGUUUCAUCUCUGGCAAUUGUCAUACUUGUCGAGAAAUACAAACUAUACCUUCCAAGGAAACACAAACUCACACUUUUAAGUUGUUUGUCGCUUGAAGCAGAUCCCACGGAGAAAAAAUGUGCCACGUAUGAAGUCGUUCUAGAAGAGUUUAGUGAGGGCCUAAGAAAACAUGCUGCUGAUGGGAUUGAGGAACUUUGCAAUGAAAUCAUGACACCCGCAUGGGAGCCAGUUAAAGAGGAUUGGCUGUUAGCCGUGCCACUACUCCAUUUCUUGAGAGGAGAUUCAAAGCCAUGCGAAGAGCCUGAUGUUGAAGGAUCUUACCACAGACCAGAGUGGUUUGGAGCGCAGAACCUGAAAAUAAAAGAGUUUCAAAGAUCAGCAACAGCAAUAAAUUUUCCGGAUGUAUUACUUCGACUAACUCCAUCCUUUGACGUUGACCCUCUGCUCAAGAGAACUUUCCUCGACGCCAUUCCUAUUUGGGAAUUAGACAGUAUUGUUACGUCAAAAGAAUUCAACAUUUGUGAUGUUUGCGUUGCCAUAGUUACAUUCUGUUCCCGUGAUGAUGUGCCUGCUGAUAAGCGGAAGGACGUUAUGCGUUGUGUAAAACAAAUGUGUUCUCAGCUAGAGGCGGUCCAGGAAUCAACUUGCAUUAACUCGAACACUCUCGGGUUUACAAUUUCAAUGUGUACACGGCUGGUGGAAACUUGUCUUAAAAAAUGGACCGUUCGUGAUAACCUGGAUUUCAUCUGCCAAGUGAUAAAGCUGCUACUUGCAAGCAUCUGCAGACAGAGACGAGAAGUUGAUGAGAGUGUGGAUCAGGAUAGAAGACAGGAAAACGAGAACAACGCCAUCAAAGCACUAUUAACAAGCCUCAGAACAAGGCUGAGAAGUGAUCUGUCUCCCGACAUGCCCUACUAUGACGGAGGCGAUGCUCUGGUUAAUGAACUCUUGUUGUGGAGUGAGCUACUUUUAGUUGCAGAUGAAAAUCAAGGCUUCACCACUUAUCGAGAAUUCUUGAUUGAUGAAUUGUCCAGUCGAGCAAGUCGGUUGGAGGAAAAGUACCUCGUUGAAAUUUUUUGUGAAGUGGACAUGGAUGCUUUUGAAAAAGGUGUUGGAGAAUUGUUCACCAACCUCGCAUUUGAGGCCGUGGAAAGGAUUAUUAACUCAGCAAAAGUAGGAGUAGACGAGCGAGUAUUUUACGUGAUUAAAAAUAAAUGUAAUCAACCGGAUACACACUCAAAAGCAGGAAAAUAUGGCGAACUUUUGUCGAUGUUUCUCACGAAGUCCUGGCCAAAGGAAGGAAAACAAACACACACGUCGUUUUUGGAUCGUCAGACUGUUCAAUUUCUUCUGACCUGGAAACCAAUGAGUGGAUUCCUCAAAUUCUUUGGAAAUGAGUCUGGAAGACGUGACAUACUUUCAAUCGCUGGUCAGGAGAGGUUGUCUCAGGCUAAGUUGUUAUUGGACGCUCUUGUAAGAGUUAUGUCAGACGGCUCAGUGACGGUCGAGAUUUUACUUCUUGUCCAGAAGCAUGAAACAACGUUUUUAGAGCUUUUGAAGACAACCUCCGGUGUAGAGAAGAACGAUGCUACGCUUAGCUUGGCCCAUCGAAUUGAAGAAAUUAAGGAAUUUCGCACAGUACGGGAAAAUGUGGGGAGAUUUAUUGCAUUGUGUGAUGUGGUCCCGCCAGUCGACUUAAGCCACCUUAGAAGUAGAGCGCAGCUGGAUGUCACAUCAUACAAGAUUCGCGAUUUGUGCAAACGCUUAGAGGACAACAAAAUCGAAGUCACCUUCUUCCAACUACCCGCAGCCGUAAAGGAGGUUCUCCCGAUCCUUGGAAGAGUUAGAGAAAGUUUGACGUUCCAAACCCUUUGGACAAAAUAUGAAAACAAAGCCCAAACUGCUAGAAAGAAUGACGAGGGGAAAAAACCACACCUUAAUCUUUCUGAUGUCAUUGAAAAAGUUUGGAAACCAGCUUUUGAACGUUGGACCCAAAAUGUUGCUAGCGUCAAAGAUGGAACAAUUUCUCUUGGAGGUGUCGACAAGCUCUUUGACGGCUAUAAAAAUCGCAAAAAGGAACUCGAAGGAGAGUUAUCCUUUAUGCUUAAAGUGAACACAGGACAAACAGUCACAAACACCAAAGGAUUAAAGAAAACUGUCGAAGAGCGAGUUGCUCAAAUUCAACGUUACCAGCACCUUGAUCAGUACUCUAAUGCAGCAGACACUAUCUGGGAGUUUAAGGAGGCUAUGGGUUUUACCGGGGACUUUAAAGUUGUUGAAGAUCUGCGUGAUCAGCUAUCAGUAGAAUUCAAGAAAAAGCCCUUGCACAGCAUUGGGGAAAGCUUUUCAAAGGCCGGUCAAGCUCUUCAGUGUUUGGACUUUAAUAAGGCUCAGUGCUUUAAAGCGGUGGUAGACAGUAAACGGCUGGUGGAGUGGUUACGUUCUACUAUCAAAUCCACCCAAGAGCUAAAGGUUCUUGUUGACUUGGCCUUGAUCUCUGCUGGUGAAAGCGACAUGGAAACUGACUGCAUAUCCAGUCUGCAUACCAGCUGCUUAGGCUUUGCUCCUCUGAUAUUUGACCUCAAAGAGAGUGAAGAACAAAGAGUGAACUUUGAUCAACUGAUGAACGCCUGUGAUCCUGUAUGGAAAGCAGUCGAGACGGAUCAGAUGUUACCCAGAAAACUGUGCGACACCAGCAGACAUCUGGACUGGCUAAAAACUGUCAAAGAGUCUCAUGGUUCGGUUGCUAUGACGUCGUUAGUGCAGGCUAAGACGAUCAACUCCAGUGGUGUGUAUGUUGUGGGUUAUUUGGAUACCACAAAGGAUCCGUCACCAGAACACGGAAAACGACUGUCAUUCAAAGAUGUGAUCCGACUGACGGUUCCCCUUAAGGAUGGAAGUGAAAAAGACCAGCGGAAAACUUACUCUAUCGACGAACUAAAGGAUUUGCAAAGUAAACUGAUGUUGAUUGCAGGAAAGGCUGAAAAAGGGAAGGAUGACGUGGAGCAGUUUGUGAGGAAUCUUGAAGGUGUCAUGCGUUUAGCGACUGCAUACAUCGACCUCUUUGAAUCUGGUUACAUUAAUCGCAUGAACUGGAACCAAGAAUUUCACUGUAGGAAAGACCAAGUCGCGGGCGAAUGUAUCGCGAAGGAACUAGAAGAGGAAAGCACAUUCAUGGAAACAUGUUACAUGAAGUGGAAGAAGAAAGUCAGCGAUGCAAGGAAGGAGUAUAGAGAAUUGAACUUCUUCACAACACAGCAACUAAUGACACUGAGGAAAGAAAUCGCCACGGUUUGCCGCAGCAACGGCCUCGCCCCGAGCAACAUUCAAGUACUCACUUUGCUAGAAAGCGUUCGUCCCAGUUUCACAAGCGAACACUUAAAAUCAGCAAUAGAGCGUGCUUUUAAGGACACAGAUUUACUCGAGAACCCCAGAGGUGCAGCAGAGCUGCCUUCGGUCACUCAUGUUCCUCCAGAAGACGAAAUGGUGAAACGCAGGUCAAUGUUUAACAACAACAACUACUUGGGUACGAGUUCCUCAACAGAAACCAGAACGUGUCAAAUACAACCUGCAUCUGUCAAGAAACCAAAGCCAAAGGAAACGUCGAAGAUUCAAAGUUUCUUGAAUGCAGCUGCCGAUGAUGGUUAUUCUGAUCAGAUCGCGUUGGCUGCUUUGGUGAGUCUGGGUGUUGAUGCAGAAGAAGACGACUUACUGUUGUGGUGUCUAGAAGAAGCCGACGAGGCUGACAUCGAGGCCCUUUACGAAGAUGCGAAGCGAAAUCCCAUGAUUGCUCGAGAAGUCUUCCCAGAGGAGGUAGAGUCUACUGAUCAGGAUGCGCCCGCCGAGGAUUUCCGUGAAAACGAAAGCAACUCAGACCUGGUACUGGAGAUGUCAUCCACGCCUACGGAAACCAUUGUUUCAACGCAGGUGGUUAGCAAAGACGAAGAUAACGAAACAAAGAUCAGUCAAUAUCUUACACUCCUCCAGCUUGGAAACAUCCUUAGAGAACUCUCAGUUCUUGGAAUUGGGGCGACAGCUCGCACCUUCCCGGCAUUUUUUAGAAGGGGAAGACCCAACCUCAUACUUGUUCCUAAAGAUGACAUCCUUGCUACAGUCCUCGCCCUUUACAUGCAUGACAAAACGCAGCCGUUGCCAAGCCAUGAAGAGGUGCUCCUUUGCACUCCUGACACCACCACAGAAGAGAUCGAGUUGCUAUGGAGACGUGCAGUAGGGGACAUGGAGGGCCGAUUUUACUGUCUCGUACAUGCAGAUGUGUUGGAUUUUUCAGUCAGUAAGCAAGCAGUGGAAAUACUUGGUGUAGUGACACGGGGACUUGCUGGCAAGGCUGGAGAACAUUAUGGCCUGGUGAUAAUCUGCAGUUGCGAGAAUGAAGAUCGUUCCAACGUAGUAGCAGCUCUUGAUCAGUAUCGUGUUGCUGCUCCACCUUGUCCUUCGCCAGAUGACCUGAAAAUUUACCUCAAGGAUCAGUUCCACGCACCUCCUUCUCAGGACGGAUACGUAGGUGGUAGUAAGAUUACUUGGACAACAGCAGGAUCCUUAGACCCAGAAAAACUCUCCGUUCGAGUUGUCUCAUCACCCCGUGGAGGUUUGGGAAAGACUCUCUUUGUUCGUCGCUUAACAGAACAGCUUCCUAACCUCGUAAACAACGACAUGGUUAUGACAAAUUUGCGAAGACAAGACUGUAAAACGUUCUUGCAUGUUACCGUACCUCUUCAUGGGAAUUCCACAGACUCGUCGAUGCUUGUAGAUGCGCUCCUUCCGCAUGCAGUAAAGGCAAAUGUACCGCUGUCCCGUAUAUUUCAUCUGGACGUGUCACCUUCGAUGAGACGCGGUCUGGACACCCUUAUUUUUAACCUUCUCGUCCUUGGCUAUCUUUGUGACAAGAUGGGGAGAGUGUGGAGGAGACGAAGAACAGAUUUGUACAUUAUUGAGAUUACGACCACUGCUCCCCUACCCAUGGGUCUCACAAGAGAGGAAGCAGCUCAAAGUCAAGGGAGACAACCUGGAAAAUGCACUAUGUCUAAGCGAUCAUUUUAUGAUCUGCUACCAACCAUUGAGUGUAAAACUCCAAGAACUGUUCUCUGCCGUUUGGCAGAUACUCCAGAUUUACAGGAUUGUAAUCCUUUGUUUGACGUCAAAGAGUUUCGAAACGCUCCAUUCCAGAGGGUUUAUCAAUAUCUGAAACUGUCAAAGGAAGGAAAGAGUCUGGACAAUUUCACGUUUUCGCCAGGCAACGUUGAUGAGGAUCGAAAGACAUGCCUUAUGCUCCUUCUAAGUAACUGCGGUAUUCCUGAUCCCUCAUGGUCCGAGAUUCGUCAUUUUGUGAGUUUUUUGAACUCACAGCUCCGAGAUUGCGAACAGAGUUUUUACUGUGACAUGCAGCUGAUGAGAUCAAUUUUAGAAGGACCCAAUGUGCUGAAUCUUAAAGGCUUCCGCUCAUUUGUUGUGCGCUUCAUGAUACAAAUGUCAAGGGAUUUCGCUACCCCAUCUUUGACAGAAGAGAACACUGUAUUUUAUGCUGAGGAUGACGCCGAACUUGAACGAAGAGAGAUCGAACAGUUUCAACUCAGGAGACGUUGGGAAAGCAGUCCUCAUCCAUACCUUUUCUUCAACCAAGACCACAUCACUAUGACCUUUCUUGGUUUCUUCAUCAAUACCGCUGGUGAUCUUGUUGACCCACAAACAAGACAAACUUUGGAAAAGGGUUUAAUGUCCAAACAAUUACGAAAUGGACUCCAGGCUCAACUUGUCGAUUUUGCCACAAACAUAGAGACUUCAAAGAAAGAGGACAAGAUUAGACAGUUAUGUUCCGUGUUGGGAGUAAAGCAGGAGCACGAUCCAGACAAAGCCUAUGAACUAACUACAGAUAAUGUCAAGAAAAUUCUCGCUAUUCAUAUGAGAUUUAGAUGCAACAUCCCCGUGAUCGUGAUGGGUGAAACUGGUUGUGGUAAGACCCGUCUCAUCCGAUACAUGUGCGGUUUACAAGCAGGUCAUAAAGGACCCCGAAACAUGCUCCUUGUCAAGGUUCAUGGUGGUACAACAUACGAAGACAUUAAGCUCAAAGUUCAUCAAGCAGAAGAGUUAGCGCGCGCAAAUCAAGACAAGAACAUUGACACAGUUUUGUUCUUUGAUGAAGCGAACACUACAGAGGCGCUGACCAUGAUAAAGGAGGUCAUGGUUGACCGAAGAAUUAAUGGUCGGCCUAUUGGACAAGGGCUAGAAAGGCUGCAGUUUAUCGCUGCCUGCAACCCUUACAGAAGGCACACGGACGAUAUGAUCCACAAGCUGGAGUCAGCAGGUCUUGGAUAUCAUGUGAAAGCAGAUGAAUCGGAAGAUCGGCUUGGUCACAUUCCAUUACGUCAUCUCGUUUACCGUGUGCACGCCCUGCCAGGGAGCAUGCGUCCGUUGAUAUGGGAUUUUGGUCAAUUGGAACCGGAUGUAGAGCGGCUGUACACCAACCAAAUUGUCAACCGCUACAUUGUUCAUGAAGGCCAACUAGUAGGAGACUCUUCAACAGUAGAAGCUAUCGCCGAGGUUUUGGCAGCCUCGCAGAGAUAUAUGAGGGAACAAUUGGAUGAGUGCAGCUUUGUUAGUCUUCGUGAUGUUGAGAGAGCCAUGCAAGUGAUGGUCUGGUUUUACAAGCACGUGGAUACACUUGGUAGACUUAUGAGAAAGGUGACAGCUGACCAACGAAGAGAUGAAGGGUUGGACGUUGAUGAAGAAGAUGAGGAGGAGGAAGAGGAGGAGCCAAUUACCCCUCUUACCCGUGCCCUUGUCCUCGCCAUUGGUGUUUGCUACCAUGCCAAGCUUCAGGGGCGGCGUGAAGAUUAUCGCACUGUCGUGGCACGCAGCUUUAAGGCGCCAUGCUUGCUUCCAGGCGGCCACAAGCAGAUUCUCCGUGAGAUUUCAAGUUGUCAAAAAGCUGUGCUAAAUGAGUUGGAACUCGGCCCCAAUAUCGCUCGCAACACAGCCUUGAGCGAGAAUGUGUUUAUGAUGGUGGUGUGUAUUGAGCUAAGGAUCCCACUAUUUGUGGUGGGAAAACCAGGCAGCUCUAAAUCUUUGGCCAAGACGGUUGUUGCUGAUAACAUGCAAGGCGAUGCUGCCAGAUCACCAGUAUUCAAGACCUUCAAGCAGGUCCACAUGGCAUCCUAUCAAUGCAGUCCUCUUUCAACCCCGGAGGGUAUCGUGGCGACCUUCCGUCAGUGUAGCAAGUUACAAGAAGGAAAAAAUCCUGAAAAGUUUGUGUCGGUCGUGGUUCUUGAUGAAGUUGGCCUGGCUGAAGACUCUCCUCUCAUGCCUCUUAAAACCUUGCACCCAUUGCUCGAGGAUGGCGUAACGUCUUCUGAUGACGUCAUCGAGACUGACGAGAAAACGCAGCGCGUAGCUUUCAUCGGAAUCUCAAAUUGGGCCUUGGAUCCCGCCAAAAUGAACCGCGGAAUCAUGCUGUCACGUGGGGUACCAAGCAAAAGAGAACUUAUGGACAGUGCAUUGGGAAUCUGCUCCACGGAUGAAGUGGUAAAAGCUCUUAUCCUGUCACUCAUAUCUCCUCUGGCAGCUGGAUAUGCACAGCUUUACGAGGAACAGAAAAAUUUUGCAACGUUAAGGAAAUGUGGCAAAGAAGAAUUUUUCGGUCUUCGUGACUUUUACAGCCUCAUUAAGAUGGUGUACGCGAUCGCUGCAAAGUCUCAACAGAAACCUAGGUGGCAUCAACUGGAACACGCUAUCAGGAGGAACUUUGGGGGCCUGAUUGAAGGAGACCCUGUAGAAAUAUUUAAACGCUACUAUACCGAAACAGAUGAUGACUAUGUAGCAGAAACCUCCACGACAAUAAGACUGAUCGAGGCAAGUCUUGGAAGGGAGGACGUAGCAGACAGAGAGAAUUUCAGUGAGAACCGUUACCUUCUGAUUCUGACUGAAAAUUACGCCGCCUUACCCAUCAUGCAGCAGCAUCUUUUGAGAACAACAGAUGAUGCAGUGGUCAUCUUUGGAAGCAGUUUUCCAAAUGACCAAGAAUACACUCAGAUUUGUCGCAACAUCAAUCGCAUCAAGGUUUGUAUGGAGACGGGAAGAACAGUGAUCUUAUUGAACCUUGAUAGUCUCUACGAGAGUCUGUACGACGCUCUGAACCAGUAUUAUGUGUACUUUGGAGGACAGAAGUAUGUGGAUCUUGGGCUUGGUACUCACCGCGUCAAAUGCCGCGUUGAUGAUGGCUUUAAAUUAAUAGUGAUUGCUGAAAAGGACGAGGUGUACAACAACUUUCCCAUUCCAUUAAUCAACCGCCUGGAGAAACACUUCCUUGUGACCUUAACAAGUUUGACUCCUGAGCAGAAGGACUUGGUACAGAAAAUGAGAACCUGGGCCGGUGAAUUUGCGGAGGUUCCGGGUGAAGGUAGACUUGGCAGAGACUUCUCCAUUGGAGACGCGUUUGUUGGGUUUCACGAGGAUACAAUUCCCUCCAUUGUCAUGCAAGUCUGUAAUGAAAUCGAGAGAGAAGACCACUUAUCGGAAAGUGAUGACUCAGAGGAUACAUGGGAAAUGAAAAUACUUCGAAGAUCUCAGAUGAUGCUUUUGGAGAUGGCUACACCUGAUGCAAUUGCUCGCCUUCCUCACACUGCUUUAGAAAGACGAGCCCCUCAUAUCUGGAAUGUCUACUUUAAAAAACAACAACACUCAAGUUUGGCGGCGUUCAUGUCGCACGUGCUCAAUUUGGAGGAUAGUCACCUUGAUGAAAAGCGUCAGGAGGGGCUCUUGAUUCAAAUUACUACUCAUUCACGUCUGCUCUGCGACAACGAUUUGGGAGACAUCUGCACUCUGACUGGCUUUGAACAGUCGACUGUGGAUUUCAUGACUCUUCAACGGUUCCAAACAGAGCAACAGUUUAGGGCCUCUGUCAGAACCUUUUUUGAACACCUUGGAGGAGAAUGUUCUGGUAUUCUUAUGGUUCAAUGUGAUUCAGGAGAUGAAAACUUCAACCUGAUUGCUGGUGCAAGGCACAUUCUGCUGGAAGAACGAACGAACGCACCUGAAAUGCUCAAUUUGUCUUCGGUGGAAGCUAUCCAUAUUGUGCUUAUCGUACAGCUGCCAAGAAUUGCUGGUGGAUGUCGUAACUUUGUCGGUUUCCAGGGUGGAAAAUGGAUGUCCGCUCACAUUGAUGAACUUCGUCCACCUGGUAGGCACACUCCUUCCAUCGAACAACUCAUCGAUCGUCCCAUUAGUGAGCUUUUUAGUGGAAACCUCAAUAAAGAAGAUGACGUUAUGCAAGCGGUGACGGUGGCGGUGAAGCUCCUUCGCAACUGUGUACAGGCAGCCGCUUGUAGAAUUGAUAGCGAAACGGAAUCAGCCGAACGGUCAACUCAUAGGAUUGAGCUACUUUUGGAUUUACUACCUGAUGACUAUCAAAGUCAGGAGGAUAAAGAGUCGUUUGCAAGUGUAGUAGUACGAAGAACACACCACCUCUUAGAGGAAAGAGAGCUAACAGCGGCAAAUCCACAAGGAUGGCUCCAAUCAGAAGCCCUGUCGGGAACAGGGGUGCAAGAGUGGGGCACCUUUCGGAAGGCACUUUUGCAGCGAGUGUUUUCAGUUGUGGUUCCUAUUUUGGCGGAGAUCAUUGCACUGGCAGACAGAGAUUGCAAUUUAGACCUGGUGAAGAAUGACAACACUUGGGUUUCGAGGCUGUGGCUAAAGAUUCUGGCAGACCGUAGCAUCUCAGAGCUGAGUUAUAACGACAUGAUAUCACCCGGCACUAAUUCUGUUCGAGAGCGUGUCCAAGUUAUUGGUUCUGGAGCGGGAAGUCAUCGUUUCUCUUGCCGAUUUCCAUUUUCAUUCAUUAUCAAGCAACGUGUGGAAAAAUUGUUGAAGGACGCAUUAAGUGUCACAGCUCAUUCUAGCGCCACUCUGUUGGACUCUUUUCGUGAAUUGAUCAGUAACUCGCAGGUGGGACCUCCACUCGAUGAAUUGCGCCGUCUUAGCUCUGCGGGAAUCCAGUAUCUGAUGGAUUUUGUUCACAUGGUUUACAAGCCUUCCAGCGAUAUGGAACUCGAGCUUGUUUACGAGGCCAUUCUUUCGUCGGCGAGAGAACUUGGUACUUUGGAAGAUGAGGAUGGUAAUGAGUCGAUUGAUGUAGCUCUUGUUCAUGUGGCAUACAGUAGAAUUCAACAUCGCUUAAAAUGUUUUGAGACACUCGUCAAAGCGAAUCCAGAUCUGGUACCAAGACUACGAGAAGCUCUCAAAGGAAAUGAGCCAGAAGUGCUUUUGGAUGUUAUAGCAUUGCAUAUUUGUCUUGAGGCACUCGAGCCAUCGCGAGAGCUGUUGCUUUCUCCGGACACACGACGAACUUGGUGUGACAGAGUUUUGUCUAUAAGACCAGCAGUGGAAGACAUGAUAAGGAAAGAGAGGUUCGAACCUGUCACGGAGAAAUGUUCAAACUAUGGAGAGAGAUCAACAGUAAUACUUGGUUACUGCAGGUCCAUGUGGCAGCGAACAGGAGCAGUUCGACUCUUUAUGGAACACGUAACUUUGUUCGCCGAGAAAGAUGAACAUGUCAAUUCAGCGAACGUGAUCAGGUUGUGGAAGGUUUUGGGAAAUGAAACGGACUUUUCAUCGCUGAGGUCGCUGCAGGCCAUUGAAAAAUUCUUGAUUGACUGCAGUGAAGACGUCAAGCAGAGAACCAAUGAAGAGACUGCUUCUGAGCUACGUCGUCGAUGUAAUGCCUUUUUCAUGGAGCUGGUGUCGAUAUUCUGUUUUGGUGACUCAGUGUCAAAGGACCUUGAACAGGAAGCUAUCACUCUACUUAUGUGUUAUGUUAUCGGUCAUCAGUCAAGUCAGACAAAGGAUUUCUCUCCAUUCCCUGAUCAUGCUAUUGACCCCACCCCUGUGGUGCGUUCAUUUCUUCUCCAGCAGCUGUUGCGCUCAAGUGCAAAGUUGACAAAGUUGGUGAAAGAGCAUCUGGGAGUUUUCUUACAAGGGGCUCGGAACUUAAAACCAGAACCUUCGCACGUCAAAGAAGUCUGUUUCUUAUGCGUCCAGUGCAUGGAGGAUAUCCUUAUCAGCCGUUAUCAAGCGAAAGUGGCCGAUUCGAAGUUGACAGUAAAACUCAAACAUGCCCGAAAGACUUGUGAAGAGUCAUUUAAAGCUCUUAGCGCCAUUGACGAAGAUUCUGCUGAAAUGAGCGCGCUUUCUCUAGAUGGGGUUGCCAAGGGACGUUACGUCUUCUCGCUGGUAGUAGAGUAUCUUUACAAAUUGUUCAUUGAGGGAGAUAGCAGCUACAAAGACCUUGACGCCAAGAGAGAAGUGAUGUUAUUAUUAGAGUCUGCAAGGAAGCUUUGCACGGAAGUUUCGAGUUCCACACCGCAGCUCUACCUGCUUAAACAGCUUGUCAGGCGGUAUGGCUUGGACUGUGUUCGGACUCUGGGUGGAUAUGAGGAACUGGCGUGGAUUCUACCACUAGAGGCCAGACAGCAGGAGGAGGAUGUAAUCCAAGACAGAUUUAUUGUUCAUGGAGACCAUUAUCGUGCCGUCCGUGAGGGGCUGGCCAAAACUGUCAUCAGUGAGAACAUCCAAGACAUUGUUACUGCCAUUACGGAGACAAGAUUACAGGAUGUCUCUAAAAACGUUGUUCUCCUCCUGGUGAUCUACCGUGAAAUAACGAUGGCAAAUGUUUCCCCAGAACAGACACAAAAUUUGUCUCGAGAGGUGAGGGAAAAGCUUGAUGAUUUCGUAAGAAAUGGAGGACACCUAGAUGAAACGGCCCGUCCUUUCGCCAAGGAACUUCUUGAAAACAAACAGGGUGGAAAUCUAAGGGAACUUCAAAUAUACAAUGGAAAGAGUCCACAGGAGCACGCCUUGGCUGAAAUUGUGAUCCAUACAGUCGUGGCUUUGCAGUGCACUGGUGCAGCAUCCUUGGCUCAGCCUCUUUAUGCUCUCAUGACUGAUCCAUCAAUUAUGAAAAAUUCAUUCCUACCAACAAUGCCUGAGGAUAACUAUAUUGAGUGCAUGAAGGCCAUUGCUGAAACUAUGAGUGGCACUGGUUGGGUUGGAGAGUGGUAUGAGUGUGGUAGUUGCAGAUAUGUGUAUUUCAUUGGGAAGUGCGCUCGACCAAUGGAGAAGGGCACUUGCCCAGAAUGUAAAAAAGUAUUGGGAGGGAAGGAUCACGACUUCUUAGGAGAAUACAGAGUUUCCGAAAAGAAAGACAGGACCAAAACUGGCCAUGCACUCGGAGAACCUGGCUCGAGACCUACGAACGCAGAACCUCAGAGAGACAUGCCACCGAUAGUGUGCGGUCUCUUGAGGAUUAUCAUGCACUCGGCUAUGGUCAUGGGAGCAUCUAAAUAUCCACAGGCAACCGGACAGCUAAUCACACCUUCAUGCCCGUCGCAGUCUGUGGAGUCUGUGGGACAGUUCAUAUGGCAGCACUUGCAGAGAGACCUUGAUGUUCUCAGUAUAGCACUCGGGUGCAGUGUUGAUGACGCAGCUCUGACAGUUCAUCUGGCAUUACAGCGCAUGAUCUCGCUAAAUGGGGGAAAAACUGAAAAUGUCCAAGAAAUGUUUCUUCAAACCCGGGAAAGUCGCCGUAGCUGGGAGAAAGCUUUUUGCUCUGAGAUUCUUGUUCCUGUUAUCACCCAUUUUGACGAGAAUCUCCAGAACGCCUCAAGACUUUUGAUGGGGGACGAGAGAUUUGGAAAAGAUCCGCUGGUGCGUCAACUUUACGAGUUUGAUGAACACGUGGAAGACUUGUCUCAAGGCGUCAGGCCCAUGUCUCGCGCUCUUUGGAAGUACUGACAGCAUAUUACUGUAGAGGAACUAAGUAGCUCUUUUCAAAGAGAAGUCCUUUCUGCUGGCAAAAAGGAAUUCAAAGUAUUGGACGCUUUCCUCAAACAGGAACACAAGUUGCGCUUCGUUCAGUUUCUGCCCGAUUUUGUUCGCCUCCAGCGUCUAUUGAUGGACAGAUUCCACAGACGAAUUGACAGAACAGAUGCUGAGAAUUAUACCGUCCGUGAAUUUCUCAAGAACCUUCCGAAAGGGUCUGUGAAAGAGGAGUACACUAAUCUCUUCCAGAGUUUUAAGAAUGCUUGGAAUUCUUGCAAGUCAUUUCUCGGUGAUCAAGGGCGCCUGCGCGUCCCACAAGACCUUUGUAAUACCACAAUGGACAACGACUGUGCAAUCGCGAUGGUUCUCCCCAGUACCACCGGGAUGGGAGUUUGCUCGACUUCACUUACCUUCUUCCUGGUUAAUGUAAAUAACGAGUCUCUGGGAGCCUACCGUAGUGCAACUAAUCAGGAUAGCCCCUUGGAGCGUGUUUCCGUAUCAGAGGUGACCCUGUCGCACUUGAUAGCCUACGAUCCUGAGAGGGACCUGCUGCCCCUCAUCCUGGCUCACUGUAACUACUCUCUGGAGGUGGGACAGGAGACCUUAGUUCACUAUGAUUGGGCGGCUUUGGAGAGACAACUGACUGACAGGUUGUUACGGGGAAGGCCUUUUGUUGAGUUCAAGGAAGAACGUUUCGCGUUCAGCCGAGACACCCGAGAUGACGCUGUAUUCACUUCUCUCUCUGGAAAAAUUCCUCAGGAAUCCAUUUCCCGCGUCAUCGAAAGCCAGAUUAUUGUAGAUCUGCGGUCUUCCUUGUCUGAUGUCUGUGAUGUUAUGUCGUCACUGGAUAUUGCCAUCGGUUUUCUUGCCUCAUCGGGCGGCCAGCCGGAGAGGCCUUUAAAAUGGUACUUGCAUGAAGUACUUAAGUUACCCAAAGAUCGAGGUCUUAAGAGUCCAACAGCAGAACAGCACUGCAGUUUAUCCCAUACCUUGGCAUUGUGGCGGCUUAUGGCUCUCGAGAGAGCAAAAAUCAAGUCAAGGAACAAACAGGAGCCUUUUGAUCAGUUGCCUGACGUUUUCAAGGAAAGACUUAGCUCAAGCGAACAGGCCAGCCUAAAUCGCGUGUUGCGAAAAAUCGACAUGGACAUAUUUCUGCCGCAGCUCUUGCAGAUUAUUCUUCUGAAUGUCAAAAAGGAUGGCGAGAUAAUUUCGACGAUGAGCUUUGAAGAGUACUUGGAUAUGUGUUUAGCCGACAAAGGUAUGGAACAAAUUCCAGGAGCGGAGAACAUUCCAGACAGCAUCAAAAUGACGCACCUAAAGGCAGUUUGGAACUCCGCUGUCCAGUUAUGUGACGACUUUCACAAAGAUCGUCAAGCAGUUUGAUCCUUUCUUUGAGAGCAGUCAGUUCAAAACUCCAGUGGUGCAGUCAGUUAGGUGUUAAGAUUAAAGAAAUGAAAGGGAAAUACUAGGAUAUAAACUAGUAAUAACAUUAAUGGUACAUGCUGAAUUUUCAUAACAGUUUGGCUUCUACCUUCAGUUUUCUAUCUUAUAGUAACGAGGUAUUAGACACACUUAAGAACAAUUCAAUUUCAAAAUUUAGCAUGUUAUAGAUACGGCCAUUUUUGUGGCUACUGUUUGGUACUUCGCGGUCGUUACAGUUAAUGGUUAGGAUCAGUCUGUUCCUUUUACUACAUAUAUUUACCUUUGUUUUAAUUAAAAUGUUAGAGGAAAUUUGUUCUCGAUGCCCCUUCCCAAAAAUGGUAGAAAAAAAGCAAGAGCUUUUGUCUCUGAAAUCUAAAGAGGCUAGUAUUAUUAAUUAAUUUUUCAUAGUUUUUUUUCUUAUGCACUCAGUAGAUAACUCGUAGUGCUACAGCUUUGAAUGAUGUAAGCAUGGUAUGCGAGCUUGGACCGCACCUUGAGUUGGUGUUAAUUAUAAGUUAGUAUCGACAGAAAAGUUUCCAUUUCAAUAAACUUUUGUAUAAAUUA